AUGCGUUGGCUAGACUUUAUGAUAAAACAGAAAUUGAUAUGUUUUCGAUUAAUUUUAGGCUACUGGUACGGUAAUUCAAAUUCGUGUCUAUUCUGGAUAAUUUAUGAUUAUACAUUACAAGCUCAAAAUUUGUUUUUAAUGGCUUGGACAUCUGUUGAACGUAAUUUACUUGCAUUUAAAUCUUCAUUGUUUCGUAAUCGAAUGCGUCGUAUCAUUUAUCAUUACAUUCCAAUCAUUGUCGUAUCACUGAUACCAUUUGUAUUUUAUAUGGGUGCUGUUUUAAGUCUACCCACAUGUGACGGAUUUUUGAGUGGCGUGUGUAAUGGAGCAUGUUACGAAAAUAUUUAUUGGCUGACAAUAUUUGACUUUAGUUUUAACGUCAUCUUACCAAUAACAAUGAUCAUUUUAUUCAACUGUAUACUUAUAUUCAAAGUUUUUAUACAAAAAAAGCGCCUACAUUUAGUAACAUCAACCAAUAAAACAAGACGUUUAACGUUACAAUUAUUAAUAUUAAGUAUUUUAUACAGUUUUGCAUGGUUACCGCAGAUCAUAUCGUCACUAAUACAAAAUGCUUGUCCGGACUGUGUGACUGACGAUGUCAUAGAUGUUACCUAUUACAUCACUUAUAUUGUACCAUUCGGAUUACCUUUUAUUAUUGCCUUUAUUUUACCUGAAGUUCGUCAGUUUGUGUUUUCACGUUGUCCUGUUUGGAUCAAACGACGAACAGCUAGAGUACUGCCUUUUGAAGUUGCAACUCUAAAUACGCUUAGUCGAAAUUAG